AUGGAUUCCUACAUGCGGGUAAGUUCAGCUUAUGGCUCCCACGAUUGUUAUUGGUGUAGCCGGCCCUAUGGCUAUCUUUCCGCUGCCUCUUCAUAAUCUGGGGAUUCUUCAUCUUUCGAAGUGGCAGAAAGCUCUCUCACCCAUAGUUUUAUCAUUCUAUCGGACCCAUGGUUAUUUGCGGGACAGCGUUAGUCAGACUCAUCCAGAUUCCAAUCUCAUCCAUCCCGAUGGUCGAACCUGCACAGACAAGCCGUUCUUGCGCGACGUAUCGGUUACGGGGUCGCUUGUAUCAAGAAAUGCCAGAGAAUUACAUAAGGAUUUUUGGGCAUGCGAACUCCUUACUGUCCGUUCUGCUAUAGCCCAUUACAAUUCAGUGAAGGAGGACACUAACCUGUUCACCCUCCGCACGGCACACAUACCAGGGGUAUACUUCUGUUUGCAGAGGUUUGCACGUCAUUCAUACCAGUAAAGACUUCGACCUAUCCCUCCUGCCUGCCCGGCAGAACCCAUCUGUGCGUCAGCUUUGCUACCAAAACGAGCCAUAGAGCUUGCUGUCAUAUUUGGUCUCACCAAGUGACCGGCCGCCUUAAACCAUGGCUUCUAGUUUUUUGUGGCCUUAAGUUAAAUGCUUUCGGGUCUGCAGAUCAACACCUGCCUUUAUUCUCAACAUCUCACCACCUUUGCAACAGGUUUGCUGUAUUUCUGAUAAUUUAAGAGUAAAACCUAGGUCUCCGCUCUUCAGUUUGCCCAAAUUGUCAUAUACUCCGCUCAUCCGCUUCGUCCUGACCGUUUCUGCCUUCAAAUGCUGAUACGGGCAGGAGCACCUAUUGAAUGUGCUAAGUGGGAACGUAUACUUUGUUUUUUCUCCACACCAAUGAAAACCAACAGUCUACCAGAGCUGUUAAAGUUCGCACAAAUGGUUAAGAACACCGUAGCAGUCACACGGUUAAGUCACAAAUUAACUUCCUGCGCUUAAAUAAAAGGUUACGAUAACGUGUCAACCAACAUAACUAGGCCGUCAAGAUAGGGGAUUUUCUCGCUGUAGUAAACUUUCAAAAUUAUCUCGUGCAUGCCUUGUCCUGUUUACCAGAAUCCUGGACAAUUUUUUUUUCAGAAUCCAGCGGACUUCCUUGCUAAACUCUCCUCAGGUUCGGGUAGUCAGCCAGCAGAAACCCUGGAGACCCUAAAAGCCAAUCUAGUCACUUCCCGCCCAAAGAACUUUGACGACUGCAUCGCCUGGGCCCGCAACUUGUGGCAGGUAGGUGCUGUUCCAUCUGAAGUCUCGAUGCGCUCUAGAUCGCAUCUUCAUAUAGACUCGUUUAAAGUUUCAACAACAAAGUGCACUAUGUCAUUAGCGCGAAGUACUUCUGUACUAUUUCCAUUGCUCACUGAAUACUUAGUCGGGCGAAUAUCAGCGGCGUGUCGAAUAAGGAACCAUUUGAGUACUGAGUAGAGAGGAUACUUUUCCUGCAGUUCACUCAAAACUCCACGUAUACGCACCAAUCAUUAAUCAUUUGUAAGCGCAAUUGAAGCUUAUGUGCAGUGUAAAAUGCCUUUUUUCGUUAACAUGCUUCUAAAGACCAUGCCUUCCUAUAAAUUCAAAUUUUAACUCCUCCUGCCUUUCUCAUCGCAACCGGGCCAUUCCUUGUACUACAAGAAAACCAAAUAAUACUUCUGUGCGUUUUUGGCCAUACGCGCAAAUUGUGCUUCUGAUUUUGCAUAAGUUGUUUUUUUCCCAACAUUGGUGCUAUCCUGAUCCCCCACGCCAGUGAGAUCCGGGGAAUAUGUCGCGAUUGAUUCACUACUUCCUUAUCAGGCUCUUUUGGACGGAGUAUUCUUAAGGUCGGAAAAUCAGUUCCAGCUACUCGCGUAUGUCAUAGACACUAGAAAUGCAUUCUGACUUUAAACCCUCACCUGCCUGCCUAGAUUCCCGUCCCAAAUAUAAUUUUUUUAGAUCAAAACAUUCAUUUUAUCUCAGGUUAUUUGCGAAAACAAACCUCCAAAACGUUUUGAGGCACAUCAAACAGUAAUCUAUGACUUUGCUCAAGUAGCCUUGGGUUGCGUAAACCUUCGCAAUCCAAACGCGCAUUUAUCAGAAUUACAUGGAAUGCGCAUCAAUUUCUCUGCUCCCCUGCCUUGUCUUCUUUCGUAUUUCGAUGCCUAGCAAUUGUACAACGGUUUUGCUCUUAGGCUGCCUAUCGACUUAGUAAAUUUAAUAAGUAUGUCAAGUCUUUGUAUGCUCUCUUGGUGAUGUAUGGCGAACGGCCCUGCAGGAAAACCGUUUUCAGCCACUCGGAUGGUAUUAAUAUACAUUUAACUACUCAAAUUGCAAAGUCAAGUUGGCAAACGUAUUUUCAGUGACAUCGUCAGGCUAAUACAGUUACAUGGAGGAAUGAAAAUCUACACAGUAUUAACAGUGUCUAUAGGGACAGGACAGUUCAUUAAUUUUCAGUUUUCUUCCCCUAAACAUCAAACGAAAUUCGGUGCAGGGAUCGGCGGCUAGAGUGAGGCGCAUCUGCUCGCCUGACGUUAUAGAAGCAGAGCUCCAACAGCUGCGGAACACACUUCGUGAGAACAGACACCCAGAUAGAUUUAUCCUCCGAAAUAUUGGAGAACCCACUAUAAAGCCCGCCGUCGCGACUGCAAGGGAGGAAGAUGCAUUCGCAAGACUGCCUUUUGCUGGGAACGCAACAAGCGAACUAGUCAGACGACGCUUAACUACAGCUAACACCAGAGCAUUCCCUGCGACGAAUUUACGCGUAUGCUUCACCAACUCCCCCAUCCUACGUUUGCGAGGUAAAGACAGACUACCGUCGGAGGCCACAUCAACGUGCAUUUACUCAUUUACUUGCUCCUGUGGAGCGGGGUAUAUAGGCCGUACAACGAGACGCCUGGUAAAGAGGGUGCGUGAACGUAUGGCCGUCUGGUUAGACAGAGGUGAGACCCGAUCGAUUUCGAGUUCCAUUCUCGCACAUUUAGUCGAUACAAAUCACCGAGUCGAUGCCAAGGAAACAUUUCAGAUUGCCUACCGGACACAAACAAGCUUCUCUAAAGACCUAGGCCAACGGAGGCUAGCAACGGCCGAGGCAGUGGCUAUACGGCUAGCGAAACCAGUGCUAUGCUGUCAGAAAACGCUGACACAGGCACUCUCUACUGUGGCCAACGCCAACCCCAAGUGAUGACAACAUGCCGCCUCAAAUCCCUAAUUACAACGAUGGGUACUCCGUAUACUCAGUUUUAGAACGUCACUCAAAGUCUCUCUUACCCCCCUCCCCUAGCCCUGAAGACCAAAACCCGCCGACCUCGUCAUGCGGGCGGUGUGGGGAAGAUAAGUGUUGAUGGCUUAUAAUAGCACUUGAGAAACCUAUAAACACUGUUAAUUGUGUAUAUUUUCACUCCACGUAACUGUACUGGCCUGACGAACAGUCACCGAAAGCACGUGUUUGCCAACUUGACUUUUCAAGUAUAAUCAAGUUGUAUUCAACAGGCUUGUUACUUAUAUAUGGCUGUUAUCCUCUGGAGUAUACUUGGUUCCUCAGAGUUAUUUUUAGCUACGAAUUCUCGGCACUUUGGGGCGGUUGUCUUCGGAAAUUUAAUUUCCUACCUGAAGCAGGCACUCAGAACAGAUUUCUAUGCCUCCGAUUAAAUUUUUCUGACGUACGCUUUUUGUCUUUUCCCGUAUCCAUGAUGCUAUUCACCUUGAUUCCCAUUGGUUUAUUUUUACCAUCGCAUCUUCUUAUAAUUGUCACUUUUAGGAAUUCUACACGAAUUCCAUCAGUCAGUUACUCUUCAACUUCCCCGCUGAUCACAAAACGACGACGGGCACUGCAUUCUGGUCCGGCACCAAGCGUUGUCCGCACCCCUUGAAAUUUGACGUCCACAACGUUAGUCCCAAGCAAUCUAACUGAUGUUUUGACCGGUUGUUUUAACACAAGAGCUCAUACAUUGAUUUGCAUUCACGGUGAUCCGCCCUAUUAGGGGCUUAAUACAAUCAGUCACGUUUAUCUCCCACCAAACUGGUCGUAAGUACUACAACGCAAUUUCCUCACUUUCCACGACCGCAUCUACUUCCACACUACUGGGCAUGCAGAGUCUGAUGUUUGACUUUCGACGUCCAGUUGCCGGAAAGUCUUAACUGGUCAUUUUGUUGUUGAGUUGGCGUCGAUAAAAUCCGUCUUGACCCCCUAGAAGCGCUACCGUCAAUUACAAGUUGUAUUUGGACGACAACUUCUGUCUUAUUUGCCGUUACCGGUCGACUAUACCCUAACCCUCGGUCGGACAUGCCUAAGGUUCUGAGACCGGGUCCAGUUGAUCUACAAAGUAGCUGCCCUACUGCUUGAGCCACCUUCUACGGGGCUUUAGCGAAGUUUCAAGGCAAAACGAAACGUCCGUAGUCCGUCUCAAAAUUACAACAGAUCAGCGAACGCCACUCCCGGGUUGCUUUGGACAUUUCUGAUCGCAACCGACAGGACUUGGGCCGAUGACCGAGGUGGCAGGGGACCUGGCUCAACGACCAACCGGAGCCAGGUUAGAACUUCGAACUUCCCUGGCCUGGGGUUGGAGUGUGACUGACCGACAAUAGCAAGUUGGCAACCACUCCAGCCGACCUUUGCCUUUGCCGCCGGUGUCUCCCGUUUACCGGUUACUCAUCACUAUAUGACUGCCUUCAGGGACACUAGACCGGAGCUGCAAGUCAACUUGGGCGUCUAUACUUCACACCGCAGGCAGGAUAGAUAUGAGCGUCACUCUUGUGUGGUGUAUUGAAUAAUGUCAAUGAAGGGAUUUUUGUUGACCUUAUGUUUGAGGGUGAGAAGGGCUAUAUGAGCUCCGGGGAGCAAUUUGUAAUUAUUGUCGGACCAGUUCUCAAGUUCACUGUCAGAGAUACAAAAGUAAGGGCUAACAGUUUGAGUGACACAACAAGCCAGUCGAGACACUUCGCGUCUGAUUGGCUGCAACGGUCACGGUGACAGUUGCCAGUCGGGAACUCGAACUGUGUCUUUGAGCCAUUCUGACGAUGUACACAGUAUCCAGUUCGAGAACUCGACGUACUAAAUUGCUCUUCUUGGUCGAAUUUUUUUUCCUAUCUUCAAUGGAAGGUGUCCCUGAGAGUCAAAUUUUCACACCGUCUCGGUCGUAUUUUUACUAGCGCUUAUGGGCAUGUUCUUUCUCACCACACAAAUACAACAGCCUGGUUAUUUUGCCUGCUUCAGCCUACUCAUCUUGCCUUCAUUGUCGCUGCGGCAAACAUUCGCGCUUUCAUGUACUCUCUGCCUGAAUGUCGUGACGCCGAUGAGAUAGCUCGCAAAGUCGCUGCUAUACAUGUCCCCGAAUUUGUUCCCCGCAGCGGGGUUCACAUUGAUGUUACCGACGCAGAACUGCAGAGCCAUGCUGCUGGUAAUGUCCAAAAAGGCAGUUUCGACGACUUGCGCAACUCUCUUCCCAAACCAGGUGUGUAUUUUUUCUCGCUUUUUGUUUCUUCUCAAUGAGCCAUUUCGAGGGAAAAGUGCGUUCACUAUUCCCAAUUCUUGUUAGUUGACCUUUGUUCGAUUUCGAUCUUUUCGCACGUUUAUACUGCUUUUGUAUGUCGGAUAUAGAAGAACUAGCUGAUCUCAAAGUGAACCUGGUCGAUUUCGAAAAGGAUGACGACUCCAACUUCCACAUGGACUUUAUCACGGCGGCAAGCAACCUUCGUGCUGAAAACUAUUGCAUCCCUCCAGCUGAUCGCCUGAAAAGCAAAUUAAUUGCAGGCAAAAUCAUGCCUGCAAUUGCUACUACAACCAGUCUAGUCGCAGGCCUUGUUUCCUUGGAACUCUACAAAGUCAGUCAACCGCAUUUGUUUGACCCAUUCUCCGUCCGGCUUCUUUUCGUGACUUAUACGUGUCUUGUGUUUUUUAGCUUGCACAAGGAAACUUGGACUUGGAACUUUUCAAGAAUAGUUUCGUUAAUCUAGCUCUCCCCUUCUUUGCUUCUUCGGAACCUAUGAAACCCGAGAAGUGGAAAUACUACGAUAAGGAGUUCACGAUCUGGGAUCGCUUUGACUUGGAGGGCACAAUGACCCUCCAAGAGUUCUUGGAUUACUUUAAGGUGCUACCAUUAUCAACUUCUAAAACUGAUUUUAGGAACAUCACAAGUUGGACAUAACGAUGCUAUCUCAGGAUGUGUCUAUGCUGUAUUCAUUCUUCAUGCCACAGAAUAAGCGGGCUGAUCGACUGAAGAUGAAGUAAGUUUAAGUCUCUCAAUUUUAUCGCAUUUGAUUUUGUAAAAAACACUGAGUUCCAAUCUUAGCGAGGUAGUACCCUAAACCGUCUUGAUGUAAGCUUAUUGUGACCGCAGUCGUACUCUAUGUUUUCAACCCAUUCGUCUCAGUUUCUUACUCUUUUGGCUUUGCCCAUCUUACAGCCUCGUUUUACCUAGUGCUUUCACAGAAUGGUUUUGCGGCCCCUACGACGUCUUACUGGACCUUAGACCCACUGUUUUGGGACGAGAAAAAAACAGCACGCUUAACUUGACCACAAAGUAGUGAACUGCAGAUCGUCAGUCGUAUAACCAUUUCCAUUCGAUACUUAAUGAUGCCCCACCCAGUAGUUGCGGAUCAUGUACUUACACCAGUGUACGUUUUGCUCCUUCGAAACAAGGACGGUUGACCCCUAUCGGUAGAUCUGAACCUCCGAGUCUUCGUUAAAAGGCUCUUUAGCGUAUUGACUACUGUGCGCCCCUCCUUUCAGGUUCGCCACGUGCCUGACUUCACGAUAUUGACGCGUGGCCCGUUAUCCCCGCCGUUCUCGCUUUUCCACGACACUUUUACAGAUGACGCUGAAGUGAUUAGAAUCUCAGCUUUAUGAAAGUGCAGUUUGGCCGUCCGUCUAAUGUCUUCUUUUUUAAUUUAACGUUUAGACUUAUACAGCCACCCACGUGAUUCUCCCGCUAUUAUUAUUACUACUGCCGAUAGUAUUUGCUUUAUUCCAUCUAAGUUAACUGUUUUCUGUCAAUUCUAUGUGUUUUCCAGGUUACCGCAGCUUGUUGAAAGUGUCAGUAAAAAACACAUCGCGCCGCACGUUCGUGCCCUGGUUUUUGAACUCUGUGCUACGGAUGUAGACGGUGAAGACGUUGAUGUACCUUACGUGCGCUACGUGCUGAACUCUGAUAAAUCAACUUAG